AUUGUCGCAAUAUGUAGCCUACCAGAAGCUAUUAGAAACAUAACAUAAACAUAGUAGGACGUUUAUUGUGAAGGGCUGUUAUUCAUGUAACUGAGAUGAUUAGAAACAUAAGUUAACUACAUCAGUAGCCUACUGACAUAAACUAACAAUGAGCAAUACUUUCAAAGCAUUUAUUAAUAUUGGUUAAUUUCUAAGCAUCUGCCUACUAUAGCCUAGCAAUUGUAGGCUAUAUGUUAACAUUGUUGAACAUGAACAAACAAUGGACCAAGAUUAAUAAAUGUGUGUUACUUGAUUUAUCAAGAACAAAUAUUUUCUACACAAUGAAUGUGUUUACCAUUUUGUUAUCCUGACAUCUCUCCAAACUAAUUAUGAGCUAUUCCAAUUAUAAACGCAUGAUGAUAUAAUUAUGAAACGAUGUCACCACAGCAGCACUGACGCAUUGCAGUUAUUCAGUAUUUGCAAUACAAACAUAUAAAUAAAUAAAUGAGAUUGUCUAAGUUCAGUGUCGGCUGUUUAUCUUGACUUCUGGCUGCAAUAAAUCAGCAUGCUACACAGACAUGUGGAUGAGUCUCAUGUAUCCAGCCGGUUGGCAUGUCUAUUUAUAGUCUAACUGGAAUAGAAGUCGCAAGACUUAGAACAGAGCAAGGCAUGAUCUGGGAAUGGACAUGGUACACCGUUCACUGACUCUCUUUGUGAAGAAGAGGACACUGGAAUACAUUUAGACUGGAAGGUCCUUAGAAAAUCAAGAUGCCUGCAAACCAGACUCGAUCCAGGGCGAGGGAGCGUAACAAUGUGCUAAACAGACCCGAGUUUUUGUCUUUAAAUCAGCCUUUGAAGAGUAGGAACGCUGAAGCUCGGGGCACAACACGGAGGCCGUCGCAGAGACAGCAGCAAAGUCAGUACCAACCGGGUGAAACUGCGGAGCACGAGUCCGUCGAGAAUAAUAAAGAAAGGAAGGAUUUACCAGAAGAAGACUGCAUGCAGCUUAACCCGUCGUUCAAAGGAAUUGCCAUGAACUCUCUUCUGGCCAUAGAUAUCUGCAUGUCCAAGAGGCUCGGUGUAUGCGCUUACACGACAUCGUCCUGGGGAAGCGUGCGCUCCAUGGUCAAGCUGCUCGCGCUCACUGGUCAUGGCAUCCUGUGGAUUUUCGGUACAAUUGUGUGUCUUUCAAGAAGCAACACAUUGGCAGGUCAAGAGGUUUUGGUCAAUUUGCUGCUAGCUCUCUUUUUGGAUGUGAUGACUGUAGCAGGCAUGCAGAAGUUGGUGAAGCGUAAAGGGCCCUGGGAAAUGGCACCCAGUUUCCUCGACUACCUGGCCAUGGACAUCUAUUCUUUUCCAGCAGCUCAUGCAAGCCGGGCAGCCAUGGUAUCUAAAUUCCUGCUAGCACAUUUGGUGCUUGCAGUUCCUCUGCGUAUUUUGCUUGUGUUGUGGGCUGUUCUAGUUGGCAUGUCCCGCGUGUUGCUGGGUCGCCAUCAUCUGACAGAUGUUGGUUGUGGCUUUGCCUUGGGAUUCCUCCAUUACAGUUUAGUGGAGAUGGUGUGGUUGUCCUCCAGCACUUGCCAGACUCUGAUCUCCAUAGGAACAUUCAAUUGGAGCCCCCUCUACUGAUAAUUGCAUGUCAUCUAAAGGAUUUCAAAUGCUUCUAAAUCUUUCGACUGUUCAAGUUAAGUAUCCUCCACCUAUAUUAAAAACUAUACAAACAUGUACUUUUUUCAAACAUUUCCCUAAGCAGCACGUCAAUAAGCCUGAUUUUAUUUUUCCAUUUCUGCCAAAGUUUUGAAAUAACAUUUUGGAAAAGCAUCAGGUGCACAUUUUGCCCUUGCUUGAAGAGAAGGGAUGCUGAUGCAAGUAUUUUUACUGUUAAGAUUGGUUAAGGCCAAAUCAGUAUGUGAUUUAUAGUUAGCUGAUGGAUUUUACUGAUCACAAUAAGAGAGCGAAAAAUUUGCUCAGGGACUUUCUCAAACUGCAUAAUGAGUUAUUGAAAUUGUAUGUUAUUUUCGGAAUAUUUACCAUGUAUUUGAAGAAAUGUUGUAAAUUAAAUCAUGGACUAUUUUAGAAGACCUUAUGGACAAUUUGACACUUUUUGAACUGUAAUUGUUGUCUGAUGGUGUUUAAAUUCAGUUAUACGUAUAUGAACAUCUCAUUAUACUCUGAAUGUAGCACAUGUAUAUUAAUAAAUUACUUAAGUAUUCAUACUCAACAUUUCAGGAUUUUUUUUUUUUUUUCCACUUUUACCAGAAAGCGGUUUAUAUAAAAUUAUAUGUUUAAUUCCAAUGUCUGCAAGCCCCAUAUGUGCAAUUUUGUAUGAUUCCCGCAGCAGUGGUAUUUGCGGUAUGGGUUUCCUUAAACAAAUGAAUUCUGUAAAUUAGUUUGAUGCAUAAUUAAGGUAAAAAAAAAGUCUUGUAUAGCUGUACAGACUGUCAAAAACUGCAUAAAAUUUUACAAAAUCAAA